GGUGGAGGAGGAGGCGGCGGCGGCACCAGGAACCUGAAGGGGAAGGCUCGUGGAGUCGGGAAGAACUAGGAGCAAGAUGAAGGUGAAGAUGCUGAGCCGGAACCCGGACAGCUAUGUCCGCGAAACCAAACUGGACUUACAGAGAGUUCCAAGAAACUAUGAUCCUACCUUACAUCCUUUUGAGGUCCCACGAGAAUAUGUAAGAGCUUUAAAUGCUACCAAACUGGAACGGGUUUUUGCGAAACCGUUCCUUGCUUCCCUGGAUGGUCACCGAGACGGAGUCAGUUGCUUGGCAAAACAUCCGAAGAGUCUGGCUACUGUCCUUUCUGGGGCAUGUGAUGGAGAGGUUAGAAUUUGGAACUUAACUAAACGAAAAUGUAUUCAUAUGAUACAAGCACAUGAAGGUUUUGUACGAGGAAUAUGUACUCGCUUUUGUGGGACUUCCUUUUUUACUGUUGGUGAUGACAAAACUGUGAAGCAGUGGAAAAUGGAUGGACCAAGCUAUGGAGAAGAGGAGGAACCAUUGCAUACAAUAUUAGGAAAGACAGUAUAUACAGGAAUUGAUCAUCACUGGAAAGAAGCUGUUUUUGCCACAUGUGGACAGCAAGUAGACAUUUGGGAUGAACAAAGAAGCAGUCCUAUAUGUUCAAUGACUUGGGGAUUUGACAGUAUAAGCAGUGUUAAAUUUAACCCAAUUGAGACAUUUCUCUUGGGAAGUUGUGCUUCUGACAGGAAUAUAGUACUAUAUGAUAUGAGGCAAGCUACUCCUCUGAAAAAGGUCAUAUUAGAUAUGAGAACAAAUACAAUUUGCUGGAACCCUAUGGAAGCUUUCAUUUUUACUGCAGCAAAUGAAGAUUACAACUUAUAUACUUUUGAUAUGCGUGCACUGGACACUCCUGUAAUGGUACAUAUGGAUCACGUAUCUGCGGUGCUUGAUGUGGAUUACUCUCCCACUGGGAAAGACUUUGUGUCUGCUAGUUUUGAUAAAUCUAUUCGAAUCUUUCCUGUGGACAAAAGUAGAAGCAGGGAAGUCUAUCACACAAAGAGAAUGCAACAUGUUAUCUGUGUAAAAUGGACUUCUGACAGCAAGUACAUUAUGUGUGGAUCUGAUGAAAUGAACAUUCGUCUAUGGAAAGCUAAUGCUUCUGAAAAGUUGGGUGUGCUUACGUCACGAGAAAAAGCAGCCACAGAUUAUAACCAGAGGUUAAAGGAGAAAUUUCAACAUCAUCCUCACAUAAAACGUAUUUCUCGUCACCGACAUCUGCCAAAAUCUAUCUACAGCCAGAUUCAGGAACAGCGCGUCAUGAAAGAAGCUCGUCGACGAAAGGAACUGAAUCGUAUCAAACAUAGCAAGCCUGGAUCUGUGCAGAGGGUGUCAGAGAAGAAGAAACGCGUAGUGGCAGUUGUGAAAUAAUAUUUGGUAUUCCUACCAAUACUGAUGUCUAAGUAUUUGUUAUGUUUUGAUUUGUGAACUCUACAAAUAAAAGUACUGGCUCUAGUAUAACAACGAAUGUUUUAGUUGUAUGUGUAGAGCUUAAUCGUUGCACAUUUUUGCUAUCCUAAAAAAUUAUUUUCAAAUGUGACCUGGUCGAUAAGACUAUCCAACAUUUUAUUC